CCUAGCAAGGAGCGUCCAUUUUCUCUCGUUUUCUCCACCCCUCAUACCACCAGCAUUUACAGCUUCUUUUCUCCGAUUAAAUUUCGCCUAGAACCUACUAAUCGGGCACAGAAUGACGAUCAUAAAGUGUUGAGAUGACUCCUCGCUCCCGAACAUGUCCUACAUUCAUUUACAGCGUAUUACACCAAAACUCACCUGGUCUGAGUAUUAUUAGUGACAUUUUGAUGGGCAAAAUGAGCAAGUGGUCGACAUAAACGAGAAAGCGCAUGUACUUUCCAAUUAGCCUUCGUUCAAUCCAUUCUUCUCGAUCCGAUGAUUGAUUUCUCUCAAAAUUUUCACGCAAAUAUGUUCAAAUGAUCGUCGCAGUCUCUGAACUUGAGCGGCCAAAUGGGCAUGAGAAUAAAAAAAAGCUCCAAGUGGAAAACUGCCGAGUGCUCCUUUCACUCUGAACCGCUGGGGGGUGAAAGAGUAUGGCAAAGGUCUUUGACACAGUCUGACAGACCGCCUGGGAAUACACAGGGGGAUACAAAGGAGAUGUAAAACACGAGUAACUGUACCAAUCUCUAUUAUGUUGCAGAAAAAUUAUUUUCUAGUCCAACAUCGGAGCCAUCAUUUGACCCCCAUUUAAUACCCACCAUCCGGACACUUCCCCAUAACUUUUAAUGCAAAUUUCGGACUCUAAAAAACACUUUGAGACUUUAGAAAAAAAUUAUAGUUUAUGUUCAGGUGGUCCAGUGGUUGUUACUGACACUUCUUAUAUAUAAUAUGCAAAUAAUUAAUUUUGCUACCAGAAAUCGAACUCAUGUCGAUAAAAAACUGUAACAAACUGUGAACAAUAGAUUGAGAUACUUAGUAUUAAUGAGAAAAAGGUGUUGGAGAUGGCAAAGGGUACUCGUUGGUCCCCUGGCAUCUUUUGAAUGACGCGGAGAAGCAACACAAGGAGGUCGCAGGAUUGAGGUCGUUGGAUGUAGCGCAGGCCACUUGUCUCGCUAUUCCCGUUAAUCCUGAGGAUUUUGGAUAAAUAAAAUAUCACUCGUUAUUUUAUGUGCGUCUUAAUGAGUGAAUAUUUCACGAGCUGCUGGAAGUACUGCGCAUGUUGGAUUUUAAUUGAUACCUGGAUCAAAUUAUGUCAAUUGAAUGUGAUUGUCUUCAAUUUGGCUGAUUAAUUGAUUGGCGGCAGCAUCAUCUUGACAUUACCUGAUAACUUCACUCUGACUUUUUCCUCAUUCGGCUCUUGUCGAAUAGUGGGAUGAGUUGUUGAUUAUUUUUUUAUUCAAUGCGAUAGACUCUACAAUGCGAGCAACAAGAAAAACUCUACUGUCAGGCCGGAAGUUGUACUCCCUAAAGAUUAUAUCAAAGAAAUUCGACCGUCUGUGGCGAAAGGUGGUCCAGUGGUUGUCGACUUCAAUCUCUUCAUCGUAGACAUAAAUUCCAUCAAUGUUGAGGAUAUGGAUUUUCGAGUGGACAUGUUUAUUCGACAAAGUUGGAUGGAAUCCCGUCUCAAUAUACCGGAGGAUAUAUUCGAGGAAGGCGAUGAUUACGUCACCCUUCCACCGGAAUUUUUCGACAACCUUUGGCAACCGGAUCCCUAUUUUUUAAAUUCCAAAAUUGCUGAGAUCGCCACCCUGACCCACAAAUUCUCAUCGGUGACGCUGUUCAGGAACAAAACAGUGAGAUACGCAGCACGGAUGCAUGCAAUUGUUGCCUGUCAAAUGGAAUUUCAACUGUACCCCAUGGACAUACAAGUGUGUCCCAUAUACAUCGAGAGCUUCUCUUACAACAGUCAGAAAUUACGCCUCCGGUGGGAUGACGAUGGUGUCACGGUGAACCCGGAGCUGAAGCUCCUCCAGUACGACUUUGGCAAACCGCGAUUAUCGGAGGAGACGAAUCACGUGCCGGAGAAGAAUGGAAAGUUCUCAAGACUCAUCGUCUUCUUCAAAUUUGAGAGACAGAUUGGGCAUCACUUGAUCCAGACAUUUGCACCGUCAAGUCUGGUUGUAAUGCUGUCGUGGUUCAGCUUCUGGCUGGGUCUCGAUGCUAUACCAGGUCGGGUGACACUUCUGGUUACGAGUAUGCUCACCUUGGUAACGAUGUUCACUGGGUUAAAGACUGAUAUUCCGCCUGUUGCUUAUGUGAAAGCCCUUGAUUUAUGGAUGGCUGGAUGCAUGGUGUUCGUCUUCGCCUCCCUGAGUGAAUUCGUUGUGGUCAAGGUUUUGGACUUGAGGCGUCAACAGUCGGCAGAAACAGCUGUUAAUUACCAUCGUCAAUUGACAACUAGACUGGCCUCGAGUCCUUCAGUCUGGGAUUACGACUCUGUAUUCGCACCGCAGCCGAGGAAAACGAGAGCAGGAAGCAAACAUCUAUUGCAAACAGCUUGGCUCGAUCCCGAGGGUCUCACCAGACCGAAAAAAACAUUGUCACGAAAGAUUGAUGGAUACAGUCGAAUUAUCUUUCCAGCACUAUUUUUAUUGUUUAUUAUUCUGUACUGGCCCAUAGUUCUUCUAAAAAAGAAAGUGCCCUGAAUUUUCGCUGAAUGACUAUUGAAUUUGUUGGAAAUGCGAAUAACUCGUUGCAUUAUUGAUGACCUGAAAUAUAUGUUUUUCGAAGAACUCAAUUGGUGAAUUUGUUCCGGAGUUAUGACAAUUAGAAGAACAAAAAUAAGAGAAUUGGGAUUUUUUUUAA